GGCGGGCGGGCGGGCAUGCGCAGUGCGGGCGCGGCGGGCUGCGCCUGCGCGGGGGCGGGCGGGCGCCUGCGCGGGGCGGGCGCGGCGCAUGCGCAGUGGGGGGCCGGCGCGGCACGUGAAGGUCGCGGCGGCGGCGGCGGCAUGGAGGCGCCGGGCGCCGGCGGGCUGGGCGUCGCCGACCCGCAGCUGCAGCGCUUCAUCGAGGUGGAGACGCAGAAGCAGCGGUUCCAGCAGCUGGUGCACCAGAUGACGGAGCUCUGCUGGGAGAAGUGCAUGGACAAGCCCGGGCCGAAGCUGGACAGCCGGGCGGAGACGUGCUUCGUGAACUGCGUGGAGCGCUUCAUCGACACCAGCCAGUUCAUCCUCAACCGGCUGGAGCAGACGCAGAAGUCCAAGUCGGCCUUCUCGGAGAGCCUGUCCGACUGAGCGGGCGCCUGGGCCGCCGGGGCCCGGGGGCUCCUGCCUGUCGCCUGCCACCUCGCCGGGCCAGGAGCAGCUCAGGGAAUCAGGAUUUAAUCAGAGGCUAGUUUUGCGAAAGUUGCCGCCGGAUGAGAGCCCCCUCAGAGACGCGCGCUCGCCGCUCUGUGGGGUGUCGCGCUGCCCCCGUCCCCCAGGAACAAUCUUUGCCCCGAGCCCACGGGCCUAGGGCUGCCCGUGUUGUGCGCGCAGGUGGUGGGAAAGUAUCCGUGGGGCUGGAGAUGCUCACCCCAGGGGGAUGCUUCCAACACUAAUGUGAAUCUGAAACGUGGGUGAAGCAAACCUGCAUCCGCUGCCUUCAACGGUGCCGCACAUGCGUUCAUUGCUCACAACUAACCCUCCCUGGGAGACGCUAACGAGCCUUGCAGUUCCCAGCAGACUGUGCAGGGUGACGAGGAAGAGCAGCAGGACUGCACCAGCACAGCUACCCGUAGUGAGGAGAGCUCACUGGGCAUGGCAGACAUCCCAUGCAGUGUGAUUACUGGAAAAUACUUUAAGGUUUCCAUAGGGUAAAGUCAUUCCUGUGGCCAAGUGACAAAUUUUCAAACUGCAGUGCAACUCUGUUAAUACUGAUUUGCUCCAUUAACAGCUUUCUCCUGGUCAAUGUAAUAAAUAUUAAUUGGGUCAAUUUUUAA